UUAGCUUCUUUGCAGAACAUAUUCUUUACGUACAUCCUCCACUCACACCUGAGCUUUUCAAAUAUAUCACCGGACCGGAGUUAUUGAAGAUUCUCCGGUUGUGUAUCCGUUACUUCGACCGGAGAAUCUUCCAGCAUUUUGUGUAACCGUACAACAUGUGGUAAGAGAAGUGUAGCUGCAAAAGUGUAGAUACGAUCAAAGGAAUAUUAAUAUUAAUAUUUGUGAGGUUUUGGUAGACAAGAAGAACAGAGAGUCUGUGACUGUGAAGGGUUGUCGUUAUCGAAGAGGAUGCUGACGUGUCUAACAUGUUCCAAGCAACAAAUAGAAGAUGAAGGAGAGGAAGUGGGAGCGCGUGGAAAUGCAAGCAGUAAAGAAGCCGUCAAAGGCCUCACGGCGCAGAUCAAAGAUGCAUUGAAAGUUUCAGGCCCUUCAAAGGGGAAACCUCCAAUAGCACCUAGCAGUUUCAAGAAAGGCCAAAGAGGUUACCCGGAUUUUGAGACCGCGUCCGGUGGGCCCCACUACCCGUAUAUGCAACCAGGAAGCUCGAGCUCUACUCCAGCUUGGGACUUUACUAACAAUGAUCCUCAUCAAAGUGGAGGCUAUGAGGCCCCUAGACAAUCUGGUCAUAUAGUUUUGGACGAUGAAGAUGAACCUAAAGAAUGGAUGGCGCAGGUCGAACCCGGGGUUCAAAUCACUUUUGUUUCCUUACCUGAUGGCGGAAAUGACCUUAAGCGGAUUCGAUUCAACCGAGAAAUGUUCAACAAAUGGCAAGCUCAGAGGUGGUGGGGUGAAAACUACGACCGAAUAAUGGAGCUUUACAAUGUUCAAAGAUUCAACUGUCAAGCGUUGAACACGCCUUCUCAGUCUGAAGACGGGAGAGAUUCUACCUACUCAAGGUUGUCAACAAGGGAAAGCCCAAUGAUGAACCCAUCAACUAACAAGGAUUGGAAUAGGAACUAUGGGGGCAAUCAACAUUACAAUGCGGGCCCCAGUGGUUACGGGCCGGGUGGGCCCAAGGGUGAGAUGUCAUCUAUGGAGCCAUCAAGGACAACAACCGACUCUAGAGAUGAACCUUCAAUUAGCAACGCAAGUGAUAUCGAGUCCGAGUGGGUAGAGCAAGACGAACCUGGCGUUUACAUUACUAUCAGACAGUUAAUAGAUGGCACUAGAGAGCUCCGCCGUGUUAGAUUCAGUCGAGAGAAGUUUGGCGAAGUGAAUGCAAAACUCUGGUGGGAACAAAACAGGGAGAGAAUACAAACCCAAUACCUUUAAUUAUACAUCAAGUAUUAACAGUCGUCGUAAGAUCGAAGAAAAAGAGCCAACAUUGGAAAAGAUCUCAACUUGCUCGAGCUUCGACAUCAUAUACAAACCAUUGCUCACUAAACAUACAGUUAUUGGCUUUAUUGGGGUUCUAGAGGGCAGGAUUUUUUAUAGUAAGGCGCGGUUUUGGAUCUUGAAAACUUUCUUAUUGUUUUUAUUUGGAUUUUCCGUAUUUAAGUAAAAUAUGAGCGAUUUGCUUCCGGCGUAUGAAGCGGAUUUUAUUGAGCUAGGCGUCGUUUGUGAGAUGCGACUUGCAGCAAUGUAUUUGUUCUUUAUGAAAA